UCUUGGAUUAAAGAAGACGUAUCCCUUCCCUGCCCUCUGGAGUAAUCAUGAAAGAUUCGCUAAACAUUCCUCUUGUACAUAUCUUUACCCUGGCAGCCUUCGGCUUGGCUGAGAAAAUCCCCAAAGCACCCACUAUCACUACUGUUCUUGAAACAGUAGAUGCUCUGGUCGAAGAGGUAGCCACUUUUGUGUGUGUGGUAGAGGCUUAUCCCCAGGCAGAAAUUAUCUGGACCCGUAAUAACAUUCCUAUCAGGCCCUUCGACACGCGGUAUAACAUACGCGAAAAUGGGCAGCUACUAACCAUUCUGAGUGUGGAGGACAACGAUGAUGGAGUGUACUGCUGCACUGCAAACAACGGAGUAGGUGUACCAGCCGAAAGCUGUGGGGCAUUGCAGGUGAAAAUGAAACCCAGAAUAACUCGUCCGCCUUCCAACGUAAAGAUAAUCGAAGGUUUAAAGGCAGUUUUCCCAUGUACUACUAUGGGGAAUCCCAAGCCUUCCGUGUCAUGGAUCAAAGGAGAAAAUGUUAUAAAGGAAACUACCCGGAUUGCCAUUCUUGAAUCGGGCAGUUUAAGGAUUCAUAAUGUCCAAAGAGAAGAUGCUGGCCACUAUCGAUGUGUAGCAAAGAACAGCCUUGGGACAGCCUAUUCGAAACCUGUAAUGCUGGAAGUAGAAGUUUUUGCCCGAAUCCUGAAAGCUCCUGAAUCUUAUAAUGUCAGCUUUGGCUCUGUGGUAACACUGCGGUGUGUGGCAACAGGCAUUCCUACUCCUACUGUGACAUGGCUUGAAAAUGGAAAAGCUGUCUCAGCAGGAUCCAUAGUGGAAACAGUAAACGACAGAAGGAUUGAUUCUAGGCUGCAAGUUUAUGUGGCCCGACCUGGCUUGUUCUCCUGCGUAGCCACCAACAAGCACAGUGAGACAUACGGCACCGCAAAAGCUGCAGCCACGAUUAAUGUAUCAGAAUGGAGCAGACUCUACAAGGGAGAUGCAGGCUACUGCAGCACCUACCGAGGAGAUGUGUGUAGUGCUCUUCUGGCAAAGGAUGCACUUGUUUUCUUCAACUCCUCCUAUGGGGACCCAGAGGAGACCCAAGAACUGCUUGUCCGCACAGCAUGGACGGAAUUGAAAACAAUGAGUCCUCUUUGCCGUCCUGCAGCUGAGUCCCUGUUGUGUCACUACAUCUUCCAGGAGUGCAAUCCUUCCAGGAUUGGACCUGCUCCAAAACCUGUUUGCAGAGAGCAUUGCCUUGCUGUAAAGGAUCUCUACUGCUUUAAGGAAUGGCUUUUGAUGGAAGAAAAUGCCCGCAAAGGGAUCUACAAACCAGGACUGAUGCUACUUACCCUGCCAGAGUGCAACAGACUUCCCAGCAUACACCAAGACCCAGAGGCUUGCACCAAGAUCCCACAUUUUAAUCUUAAAAAGGAAGAUAUAACCACAACUUGCUACAAAGGCAAUGGGCUAACCUACCAAGGCUCGGUCAAUGUCACAGCUUCCGGCAUUCCUUGUCAGAAGUGGAGCGAGCAGGAACCCCAUUCACAUAGAAGAACCCCUCAAAUUUUCCCAGAGCUCUCCAAUGCAGAAAACUAUUGCCGUAAUCCAGGUGGUGAAGAUGUACGGCCUUGGUGUUAUACAAUGGACUCCUCUGUAAAAUGGGAAUACUGCAAUGUGCCCCUUUGUGGAGAUGUAUCUUUGUCACAAGGAACCACAAAACCAAGUGUAGAGACUCCACACUUCCCUCCUUCCUCCAUUUUCUCCCCAACAUACUCUAUGACAGUCAUUAUCUCCAUCAUCUCCAGCUUUGCAAUAGUUAUCAUUCUCAUUAUCAUUGCUCUUCUUUGCUGCCGAAGACAUAAGCAAUGGAAAAACAAAACAAGGGAGUCAGCUCCACCAGCCCUGACAACACUUCCUUCUGAGCUCUUACUGGACAGAUUGCACCCAAACCCCAUGUACCAGCGCAUGCCUCUUCUCUUGAACCCAAAGUUGCUCAGCCUGGAGUAUCCACGAAACAAUAUUGAAUACGUAAGAGAUAUUGGAGAAGGAGCUUUUGGACGUGUCUUUCAAGCAAGGGCUCCCGGACUACUUCCCUAUGAACCAUUCACAAUGGUGGCUGUGAAGAUGCUGAAAGAAGAAGCCUCCGCAGACAUGCAGGCAGAUUUUCAGAGGGAAGCGGCACUCAUGGCUGAAUUUGACAAUCCAAACAUUGUCAAACUUUUAGGGGUAUGUGCUGUUGGAAAGCCAAUGUGUCUGCUGUUUGAAUACAUGGCCUUUGGAGACCUCAAUGAAUACCUACGCAAUCUAUCACCCCGCAGCCUCUGUAGCCUGAACAACAAUGACUUUGACAUAAGGAUCCGGCCGGCCAGCCCUGGCUUGCUUGCUCUUUCUUGCACUGACCAGCUGUGCAUCGCCAAACAGGUGGCAGCUGGCAUGGCAUAUCUCUCCGAACGCAAGUUCGUCCACCGGGAUUUGGCCACCAGGAACUGUUUGGUGGGAGAGAACAUGGUGGUUAAAAUUGCUGACUUCGGUCUCUCCAGAAACAUGUACUCAGCAGACUAUUACAAAGCAAAUGAAAACGAUGCCAUUCCCAUACGAUGGAUGCCUCCUGAGUCCAUCUUCUACAACCGUUACACAACUGAAUCUGACGUUUGGGCCUAUGGGGUGGUCCUGUGGGAGAUCUUCUCCUUUGGCAUGCAACCGUAUUAUGGCAUGGCUCAUGAGGAAGUCAUCUAUUAUGUGAGAGAUGGGAAUGUUCUGUCUUGUCCAGAUAACUGCCCUUUGGAGUUGUACAAUCUCAUGCGACUUUGUUGGAGCAAGCUGCCUUCUGACAGGCCCAGCUUUGCAAGUAUCCACCGUAUUCUGGAGCGCAUGUACGAGAGAGCAGUGUCGGCUGAUCAGGCCUGAGCCAGGCUCUUGGAACACAGCAUUUCAUGACCUCUUUCUUAGACAAACUUGGAAGAAAAACACAGCUGGGUUGUGAUACAUUCUCAGUGCGGGCAAUUGGCCUAAUACUGCAUCUGCUCUUCAAGUGACUCUCCCAACAGAAAGCUGGAGCAAGUGCCACACUUUCACUUAAUAAUAAUAAGAAUAACAUUCAAUUUAUAUACAAUAAUAACAUUUGAUUUAUAUAUAUUAUAUACACUUUCACUUGCUCAAGGACUGUAACAUCAGGCUUGGUAACAACAGCAAAUGGCAUAUGAACCACCCACCCACCCACCGACUCACAUCUGUAUAUAUAGUUGCCUUGUUUUGAGUCAGACCCUUAAUCCUGUACUAUGCAGCUGUUUCCCAAGGUCUUUGUGCAGAGGUCUUUUCCAGGCCUGGUCUCAGAUACUCUUUAACUGGGAUUGAAUUUGAGGUCCUCCAGUUACAAAAUAUGGUAUUUACCACCAAGCUCCAAUUCCUUCCUCAAAAUAAGAGGAGCUCUAUUCCAGUGCAAAUGGUUUGAUCGCUGUGGCCAUAUUUGUUAACUGGCAAAGGAAAAGGAUGGAUUACAGGUGGCAGGCAUGGGGCUAGUAUUAGGAAAAGUGAAAGAAGCCAGUUUUGUUGAGACUGGAUUUUCUAAAAGGCUGUGCUAGCAUAUUGUCUGGAAAAAGCUGGCUGCAUGAGUUGCAGAUUUUCAGCUGUCUUCCUCAGUUCUAUAUCUCUUCUAAAAAUAUUUUUUCUACUAUUUUUAAACAUAUGGAGCUAUGCAGUUACCAGCGUGAUAGGCCAGCAACCAAGUAUCUUGUAUCAACAAAGAACACGUUCCCACUCAUUUAUUCACCAGCUCUAUACCACUUGAUGUUUGUGUUUCUAAGCAGAUAUUGCACACAGCUGUCAAAUCCUGCAUGUGAGACUGCAUUAAGAAAAUGGAGUCAAGCAACAUGGUAAUGUAACAAUUGGUCGCACUUUCCUCAUCCAAGUAUUUCCUCAUGUACAGUAUGGUAUCUUGUGAACAUACAAAGCUUCCUUAUAACGACUCAGACUAUUGGAUCAGUCGCCUCAGUACUGACUCCUCUGAAUCAGAGCUGUUCUCUGGGUCCUUCAAUACCGGUUACCUGAUACCUUUUCACCGGAAAUGCCAGGGAACUUAUGCAGGCAAAGCCAUGGCACUUCCCCUGUUACCAGGGCUUUUUUUCUGGGAAAAGAGGUGGUGGAACUCAGGACCGCGCAAUGAUGUCACUUUGGGUCAGCUGGAACAAGGGGGGAGUUUUUUCAAGUUUAAAUCACCCUCGGUGAAAAUGGUCACAUGGCCGGUGGCCCUGCCCCCUGAUCUCCAGACAGAGAGGAGUUUAGAUUGCCCUCCGCAUUUUCAAGAGGUGCCGGAACUCCGUUCCACCACAUUCCUGCUGAAAAAAAGCCCUGCCUGUUACUAUCACUUGGGAAUGUACUGGUCAACUGAGGAAAACUUGGCUUUUCGUGGUCCAGCAUUUGAGUUAUUAAAGAAUGAAGUUCUC